AAAUAUGAAUGACGUGUUGCCUGCCGUGUCCGUUGUCAAAAUUGAUGAAAUACCAAAGAAAGAAAUAGAAGUGACGCAUGAUCCGAACACAAAUGAACUAGAUCAGUAUAACGCGCCUUCGUUUAAGUCCCCUAAAUCUUGGUACACUUCGGACACAAUUAAUGAUUAUCUUAAAUUGAUAGUGAAAAGGUCCAAUGGCGAAGUUCAUGCAGUCGUUACCGACUUUAUACCAGCAUAUCUUCGAGGAGGUUAUCCAGCUGUAAGAAGAUGGAUUAAAAAAGAUAUCCAUUCAUUAAAGUUACUUUUUGUGCCAAUGAAUGUUGGCGGACAUUGGAUAUUGACUGUGGUAAACGUACCCGAAAGAACUGUGACAUCAUAUGACAGUCUUAAGUGUUAUGAUGGUCCUUAUCCUAUGGUACUGAAGGAGUAUCUAACUGACUGGGAGAUGGAUAAAAAAGGAGCAGCUUCGUCGUGGACUUUAAAAAUCGGCGAGACGACUCGUCAAACCAAUGGAUAUGACUGUGGUCCAUUUACGGUCGAGCUAGCCGAAAAAAUGGCUCGAGGAGACACAACUCCUAUUAAUGCGAGUCUUAGGCCUUCUGUAAGACUAAGACACAGAGAAGAAAUUAUAGCCGGCCAACUAUUUCAAUAAUUUCUUAUGAAAGAUAUUGCUUAAAUGGCUUAUAUAAAGUUUCUAAUUUUUACAUUAAAUUGAUAUUUUUGUUAAUACGCUUUUAUACUUCCUAACAGUUUC